UUCUUCUUCCUUCCUAAUCCUCCCAAUCAAAAUCUACAUAAGAAUUAUCGACACAAAAUCCACGCGCUCUCUCACGCUCACAUCACUCCCUCGCCUACGCUUGUUUCUCUCAUUACAGAAAAAAAAAACCAAUCCUUUCGAUCUCCUCGAUGCUCUCUCUACCUUCCUCCUUCUGAUUCCUUUCGUCUUUGGAUCUCUCUGUCUCUGUCUUUUCAAGCUUAAUUAUAGGAUUGAGAUCUGUGUUUUGGAGUGCACUCAAUUCAAUUAAUUGAAGAAAAAAAAUGGCUGCAAUGUCUCAUUCGUCUAUCGCAUUGGGUGGAGCUACUGCCUCUGCUUCGGAUUACUUGCGUAGCUCGACCAACGGCGUUACUGGUGUCUCGUUGAGAACCCUUGGGAGGAGGAGAACAAUGGUUACAGCCACUGCAAGGAGUAGUAACCUCUACGUGACGGCUCGUCUCAAGAAAGGCAAGAAGUUUGAUCAUCCAUGGCCUUCUAACCCUGACCCCAACGUCAAAGGAGGAGUCUUGUCUUACCUCUCCGAGUUCAAACCUCUGGGGAAUGCGCAAAAGCCUGUCACUUUGGAUUUCGAGAGACCACUUGUUGAGCUCGAGAAGAAGAUUGUUGAUGUGAAGAAGAUGGCGGAUGAAACCGGUUUGGACUUUACUGAGCAGAUUAUCACUUUGGAAACCAAGUAUAGACAGGCAUUGAAAGAUCUUUACACGCAUCUCACUCCCAUACAACGCGUGAACAUUGCAAGACAUCCUAACCGUCCUACUUUCCUUGAUCAUAUUCAUAACAUCACUGACAAGUUUAUGGAGCUUCAUGGAGACCGGGCGGGUUAUGAUGACCCUGCAAUUGUGACUGGUAUUGGAACCAUAGAUGGCAAAAGAUACAUGUUUAUCGGUCACCAGAAAGGUAGAAACACCAAAGAAAAUAUAAUGCGUAACUUUGGGAUGCCUACUCCUCAUGGUUACAGGAAGGCGUUACGGAUGAUGUAUUACGCAGACCAUCACGGUUUCCCCAUUGUGACGUUCAUCGACACCCCUGGAGCCUAUGCAGACCUUAAAUCUGAAGAACUCGGACAGGGUGAAGCGAUUGCCAACAAUCUGAGGACAAUGUUUGGCUUGAAAGUGCCAAUUCUUUCUAUUGUCAUUGGGGAAGGUGGUUCUGGUGGUGCCUUAGCCAUUGGAUGUGCUAAUAAGAUGUUGAUGCUCGAAAACGCAGUUUUCUAUGUUGCCAGUCCCGAGGCUUGUGCAGCGAUCUUGUGGCAGACUUCCAAGGCUGCUCCUGAGGCUGCUGAAAAGCUUAGAAUUACCGCCAAGGAGCUUGUCAGCCUUAAUGUAGCUGAUGGAAUCAUACCUGAACCUCUUGGUGGCGCUCAUGCUGAUCCUUCGUGGACGUCGCAGCAGAUAAAGAUUGCUAUCAAUGAAAACAUGAGUGAAUUCGGAAAAAUGAGUGGGGAAGAGCUGCUGAAGCACAGGAUGGCUAAGUACCGAAAGAUCGGAGUGUUCAUCGAAGGUGUUCCAGUAGAGCCUGAGAAGAAAGUCAACAUGAAGAGGAAGGACGUUGUAGCCUCCACUAACCUGAAGCUGGAGGGAGAGGUUGAGAAGCUAAGGGAGCAGAUUCUGAAAGCCAAGGAGACCUCUUCAGGGGAGGAUGAGGAGGUGGAGGGGCUUUCGAGUGAAGUUCUGGACGAGAUGAUUGAGAAACUCAAAUCGGAGAUCGAUGAAGAGUACACUAAAGCUGCAAAGGCAAUGGGUUUGGAGGAGAGACUAACUGCUACGCGUGAAGAGUUCUCGAAAGCGAAUGCAGAGGAGCAUCUUAUGCACCCGGCGCUCAUCGAGAAAAUCGAGAAGCUUAAGGAAGAGUUCAGCACACGUCUGAGCGAAGCUCCUAACUACGAGAGCCUGAAAGCUAAGCUGGACAUGUUGAAAGACUUCUCCAGAGCCAAGGCAGCAUCUGAUGCUGCUUCGGUGAAGAAGGAGCUUGAUAAGAGGUUUAAGGAAGCUGUGAGCCGCCCUGAGGUGAUGGAGAAAGUUGAAGCGGUUAAAGCUGAGGUUGUUAGCUCAGGAGCAUCGUCUUUCGAAGAGCUGAGUGAUGAGCUGAAAGAGAAGAUUCUGAUGACGAGAAGGGAGGUUGAAGCAGAGAUGGUGGUUGUGUUGAAGUCGAUUGGUCUGGAGCUAGAGGCUGUGAAACCGAAUCUGAAGGAGGUGGUAGCUGAGCAGAGCAGCCUUGUUCCGAACGAAAACAUUCAAGAAAAGCUUGAGAAGCUGAACCAGGAGAUCACGGAGAAGAUUGAGGAGGUGGUGAGGACGCCAGAGAUCAAGAGCAUGGUUGAGUUGCUGAAAGUGGAGGCCGCAAAGGCGAGCCAGACGCAGGAUGGGAGUCAGAAGAUCGAGGCGCUUGAGCAGCAGAUCAAGCAGAAGAUAGCUGAUGCUCUGAGCAUGUCAGGACUGCAGGAAAAACAAGAGGAGCUCGAGAAGGAGCUCGCAGCUGCGCGUGAACUAGCUGGAGAGGAAUCAGACGAGAGUCUGAAGGAAGAUGAUGAUGACGAUGAAGAUGGUUCAGGAUCCGGGAGAUCAGAGAUAAUCAACCCCAGCUUCGCAUGAAAACACGAAAGAAGACAUUGAUUUACAAAACUCGCAGGGAUCUUGAAGCAGCUCUUUUCUAUUUACAUUGGUAAAGACACCCGUAAGAGGCUUUUCUUAGAACUCUCUGUCUAUGAUCUGAGCAAUAGCUAAGAGGAACAAACAACUUAGAAGCCUGCUUUCUUUAGUUUUAGCUUCUGGAUUGGAUUGAAACUUGUAUUUGGAUUCAUUUCUGUAUUUUUGUUAUUUCUUGUUUCGUUAGAACAACUAGUUUUGUUUUCUUGAGUCUCACAUGACAAUACGUAACACUUUUCACUA